AUGUUGAGAAAUUUUGGAGUAAGAUUCGGUUUAGCGAUUAAUACAAGCUGCAGACGCAGCUUGAUCACUGCAUCUUUAUUGCGCCAAGCUAGCACUGAAUCAAGACUUUCCAAAAGCAUCCACUUCCGCCAGUAUUCGACAAACGGACUGCAAAAUGACAAAGCAAGAAAUCAUAGAGGUAAGCUUCUAUUUAUGUUGGGUUUAUUGGCUUUAGGUUCCACUGUGGUCUCUUUAUCGUAUCAAAAAAGCUCACCAGCUGAGUUUCUAGAGGACACGCCAGUUAAUGAUAAUGAUGGAACCGACGAACAGAACAGUGAUACUGAAGGUCGGAAUUUAUCUUUUCCUUCCGACAAAGUUUCUGUUAUUUUUGUUCUCGGUGGUCCGGGCUCUGGAAAGGGUACUCAAUGUGCCAAGCUAGUGAAAGAAUACCACUUCGUUCAUCUUUCUGCUGGGGACCUUCUUCGUGCAGAGCAAGCUCGUGAGGGCUCUGAGUUUGGUGAGCUAAUCAAGCGCUACAUCAAAGAAGGCUUGAUCGUACCCCAAGAAGUUACCAUUGCUCUGCUCCAACAAGCUAUCACUGAGAAUUUCAAAAAUGGUAAAACAAAAUUUUUGGUGGACGGGUUUCCAAGAAAGAUGGAUCAAGCAAUCACUUUUGAGAAACAGAUUGCGCCUAGUAUGUUCACUUUGUUUUUUGAAUGUCCUGAACAGGUGAUGCUAAAAAGAUUGUUGGAACGUGGUAGAACAAGCGGAAGAACUGAUGACAACAUCGAAUCCAUAAAGAAGAGGUUCAAGACCUUUUUGGAAACUAGUAUGCCUGUCGUAGAGUACUUUGAAAAGCAAUCCAAGGUAAUCAAGGUUCGUUGUGAUGAUCCAGUUGAAACUGUUUACAAGCAUGUUCAAGCAGGCAUCGAAGACAAAUUCAGCAAAAAGUGA